AAAAUGUCUCUUCCAGCAAAGACCCUCGUCCAGGCUGCCGCCAACUCUGGACUCCGUGCUGUCUCCGUCCGUCAUUCCAGCCAAGCUCCAAAGGUCGCUCUUCUUGGAGCUGCCGGAGGAAUUGGACAGCCAUUGGGUCUCCUUCUCAAGCAGGAUCCACUUGUUGCUCACCUCGCCCUCUACGACGUCGUCAAUACUCCAGGAGUUGCCGCCGAUCUUUCGCACAUUGAUUCUAAUGCCAAGGUUACCGCUCACACUGGCCCAAAGGAACUUUACGCCGCCGUUGAGAACGCUGAUGUUAUCGUUAUUCCAGCCGGAGUUCCACGUAAACCAGGAAUGACUCGUGACGAUCUCUUCAACACCAACGCAGGAAUCGUUCGCGAUUUAGCUGCCGUUAUCGCCAAAGCUUCACCAAAGGCUCUCAUCGCAAUUAUCACCAACCCAGUCAAUUCUACUGUCCCAAUCGCUUCCGAAGUUCUCAAGAAGGCUGGUGUCUAUGACCCAAAACGUGUCUUCGGAGUGACAACCCUCGACGUCGUCAGAUCUCAAGCAUUCGUUUCCGAGCUUAAGGGACAUGACGCCUCCAAGACCGUUGUUCCAGUUGUCGGAGGACAUGCUGGAAUCACCAUCAUUCCACUUCUCUCCCAAGUCAAACCAUCCACCAAAUUCUCGGAGGAAGAAAUCUCCAAGUUGACCCCAAGAAUCCAGGACGCCGGAACUGAAGUCGUCAACGCCAAGGCUGGAGCCGGAUCCGCUACUCUUUCAAUGGCUCUUGCUGGAGCCCGUUUCGCCAAUGCUCUUGUUCGUGGAAUUAAGGGAGAAAAGAACGUCCAAUGCGCAUAUGUUGCUUCCGAUGCCGUCAAGGGAGUCGAAUACUUCUCUACCCCAGUUGAGCUCGGACCAAAUGGAGUUGAGAAGAUUCUUGGAGUUGGAAAGGUUUCUGCUUAUGAGCAGAAGCUUAUCGACGCAUCCGUUCCAGAACUUAACAAGAACAUUGCCAAGGGAGUCGCUUUCGUUAAGGGAAACUAAAGAUUCAAUUUAAAUUUCUUGUUUAAUAUUUUACCGUUUCCUCAAUUUUCAGUCUUUUCGUAUUCCUUUUGGGUGUCGAACGCCGAGAAGUUAGUUCUAAAUUGUUUGCUCUUUUUUUGGCUCUGCCCUCCCCUCUCAUCUCUCGUUUACCCGCCCGUUCGAUUGUUUACAUUUUACCGCAGUUUCUUCUCCCCGUUUCUUCAACCCCGUUUUUGAUCGAUAUUCGGUUAAUUUUUUACUUUUCAUUCAACAAAGUAGGAAAAAUGAAAUUUAAAUCAAUUA